AUCUACAUAACAGCAUGGGAUUUUGCAGUCAAAAGCAUGAUGAUUUGAAGCUCAGAAGUCCAAUGCAUUGUGCAGCACAAAUAUCAACGUUAGAAGAUGACCUGAAGCUAAGCAGUGAUGAAGAUGACUGUAUUCAGCCAGCAACCCAGGGACAAGCCAUCGGACUCCAAAAUGACAGUGGUGACGUUCAGAAAUGCAGUAACACUGUCUCAGCAGUCUCCAUCAAAGGGUCAAGCAGCUCGAGUGAAACUGACACCAGCUCCGAAUCAGACUCUGAGAGUGAGAGUAGUUCCAGCGAAAGUGAGAGCAGCAAGCCAUCUGCAUGUACCAGCCCUGAGACUCAGCACACAACUGCAAACAAAUGGCAGCUGGAUAAGUGGUUGAACAAGGUCAAUCCAAACAAGAAUACCAUUCUCAAUCAGUCAUCAAACCUAAAUCAUGGAGGAGUAAAUCAAGGUGAACAGGGCUGUGAGAAGGUAUCUCAGGCUGAUCAGGCAUGUCCAAGUCACAGAGAUGACAGGAGACCAGUCAGAGAAGACCGGAGUGUUAAAGCACUGCGCACUGUUAUAGGAAACAGAGGUGUGAAGCUUCGACCACCGCCACCUGUUGCACGUGCUGCUACAGUUGUGGUUGGCGUUCCCACUGAAAACACAUCUGGAAGGACACCAGCAGUGUGCAGAAAGCUUACAAGGAGGAUAGAGAGGACAUCUAGUGGUGAUAAUCUGAACUGCCACAAGCUAGAUGAUCAUACUCUCAGCCAAGGAAUUCUUGGGAGUGAAAUAUCGGAACAAACUAAGUUGACUUGUUAUAGCAGAGAAUUGCAUAGAAAAGAAUCUAGAGCAACUCUGCUUGAUCACAAAAGUAGGCGAACUCAAAUUACUAGAUCUGUCCCUAAAUUCAAAAGGGACAUUGGCCUCUCAUUGCAACUUUCUGAACACAGCACAGAAACAGAACCAGACAUACCUCCUUUUUGUAAAAAUAACUCUGCUUUUACAUCAGAAGGAAAUCCCAGGAAUAAUGAGUGUGGACGUACUAAUAUAAACCAAGGUAGUCCUUAUAGCACACAACAUUUUAUUAGUAGGAGGACUACAAGUGACAUUGCCCCUGAGCUUGAAGAGCACUUUUAUACUCUAGUUCCUUUUGGGAGGAAUGAAUGUUCAACAAAGGACCACAAUGAUAUCAAGUCAUUAUGGGUUCAGAUUGAUUUAAUGCUUUUGUCAAGAAUUCCACACUGUGUUCCUCAGGUGAACCUCAAUAUGAAUAACAGCUCAGAAAAGAUACCAACUUCAUCACAAAGUAAAUGUUUACUCCAAGUAAGGGAGAACCCUUUAUUGAAAAUGCGACGGAAACGUAAGUGUGAAAGUGAAGGAUCUCAGGAGAUGAAGAAGAACCCUGUGGAAAAGGAGGAUAGUCUACAAUUUCCAGUUGAGAGUAAUUAUACAGCAAACAGCCAGAGCUUAGAACUCGACAGCUUUGAGAUGACUCUAUCAAAACCAGGGAAAUGUCUAUCUCCGUUACCUUCUCUUCCUGAUGAGCCUAAACCAAAAUGCACAAUUGAGGAAAUUUCUUCUGUAAACAAAUGUGAUAGAGAUAUCAUGUCUACCAACACUUCUUGCAACCGACAUCAGCAAGAAAAGCACUCACAUUCUCGACAGAGAUCACAACUAUCAAACAAUACAAGUUCUGUGUUGAAUAAAGACGACUCAAAUUUGAACCUUUGCUCACCUGCACAGAAUGGACAUACAGAUCCAAGGCUAACAAAGCAGUUGCAUAGCACAAGAGUUCGCAAUGCAGAUUACUUUAUGCAGGAAGCUAAGCGAAUGAAGCAUAAAGCAGAUGCCAUGGUGGACAAAUUUGAAAAAGCGCUGAACUAUACAGAAGCAGCCCUGGCUUUUAUUGAAUGUGGAAAUGCUAUGGAACAUGGACCAGUGGAAUCUAAGUCUCCCUAUACAAUGUACUCAGAGACAGUAGAACUUAUAAGGUAUGCCUUGAGGCUGAACUCACAUUUGAGUCACAGUACGACUUCUCAGGACAAGAAAAUUACAGCUCUAUGCUAUCGUUGUCUGGCUCUUCUGUACUGGAGAAUGUUUCGCCUCAAAAGGGACCAUGCAGUGAAGUAUUCUAAAGCUCUUAUUGAUUAUUUUAAGAAUUCAUCUAAAGGACCACGAGUACCAUCACCAUGGAGUGGCAAUGGAAAGACCACAGGAACUUCCUCACCAAUGUCCCCCACUCCAUCUCCAGUGAGCUCUCAAGGAAGUAUCUCCAGUUCUGGUGCCACCAGCUCUAGUUCUUCUAUUAUAAGCAUUCCCCAGCGAAUUCACCAGAUGGCAGCCAACCAUGUCAGUAUUACAAACAGUAUCCUGCACAGCUAUGACUACUGGGAAAUUGCUGAUAAUCUUGCCAAAGAAAACACAGAGUUCUUCAAUGAGCUUGAUUCAUUAGUGGGACCGAUAACACUGCAUAGUUCAAUGGAGCACUUGGUCCAAUAUACCCGACAAGGACUUUCCUGGAUACGACAUAGUUCACGUCAUGUUGUGUAGUGGAUUUUUACCACUGAACAGCUACUUUUCCAGGUAUUAAGCUUAAGAACAGCUCCACCACUUUCAGCACUACUUUGCAAUUCUGUAAAUCACUCAUCAGCAUUGGACAGAUUUUUUUUAUAUAUAUAUAUAUAUAUAUAUAUAUAUAUUCACUAAAUAGACACACUGCAAGCUAAAUAUGGGAACAGCAAGAACCUAAAAUUCCCCAUUUCUGCCUUCAAUGGCAAUAGGAUGGCCUAUUUUAAUGGCUGACAAUAUCAAAGGUACAGCAAAUCUCUGUAAAGUUGUCAAAACCCAGUGAGAAGACCCAGAAGAUUACUACUAAAUUUAGUUUGGGUUUAUACAAGGGAACACAGUCUAUGAGACUAUAUGUUAUAUGCACACUAAACAUCUGCUAGGCAGCAAGAACUUUGCCAGAUGGAAUCCCAAGGUUACAGUUCCCUGCAUUAUAGCUUACAGUAAAAAACAAAUGACUGGCCGGGAAACCAGACAUGCAGCACAAACAGAACAAGACAAGCAGAAUUUGCAACAAGCACAGGAAUGCACUUUAGCAGUCUUUAUAUACUUUAAAUUUUUUGUAUAGAGGGUAAUAAAAAAAACACUACUUCCUUUCUGCCAGUUGGCUAUGCUCAUGCGGUCUACACAGACCAAACAGCAGUGCAUGGACUACACCAGGGCUACCAUCAGAAAUUUCUGGUUUUCAUACAGAAAAAUGAUCAGAAACUUCUCACACAUCUAUCAGCUUUUAAGAGAAUGACCCUAGAGUGGUUGAUUUAGGCCUCAGCUACACUGAGACUUUUUGUAGUACUACUGAUUGAUUUUGACUAUUGGAUUACAGCUGCAGUCCACGAGAUUCCAUACAACUAAAUGUAUCUUUUUCUUCAGCUGUACACAUUGCAAAUAUAUGUAUUUUUUCCAUAUUUUUGAAUAAUGAAAGUCUGAUCUUUUUUUUUAAUCAAUAAAGUAUUCCUUUAAACAUACUAUACUUGUCAUGUGAAGUUGGGCUGAGCAGUGUCAGAGAGAGGGCAGACUGUGAACCCCUAUGGGGACAGGGACUGAUCUGAGAGAAAACAUUCAACAUUCACUAUAUCACCAUGUUAUGUUGACAGCAGACAAAGCAUCAUUCCUAUUCUUUGCACACAUCUUUAUUACUAUGUAUGGCUACACACUAUGUAUAGUAUUAAACAUUAUAUUCUGCAAUGCUGAUGAAAAGAUCGACAGUGAAUUGGUAAGGCUUGACCUCUGUAUAUUAUCAUAGUAAACAUAUGUAGCACACUUUCUAGCAUACUUUGUAACAUAACCGAAUAUAACAGGACAGACUGCGCCUUAAUUAUCAUAUGAAAAAGCACUUUUAUAUUUAAAGAGAAAGAUUUAUGUUCAUCUGUGAAAAUACUUUUUUUAAAUAUGAUAUUAAAAAUAAAAAUAAAAUCUGU